AAUUUCAGUUUGGAAAUUGAUUAAAGAAUCUCCAUAGGAUUUAAUAUGGCAUCAAAGCAGUCAUCUCCCUCAACAGAGGAGCAGGCUUCCUCCGAAAUAGAUGAUCUGUAUCUGUCGCUGCAAGUGCAGCGAGAGUUUACGCAGAAGAAAACCUUCACUAGCUGGAUAAAUUCAAUAUUAGCAAAGCAUACACCUUCUUCUGUUAUCUCAGACCUGUAUACAGACAUACAGCAAGGACAUUUGCUUUUGGAUCUGUUGGAAGUGCUUUCAGGUCAACAUCUGCCACGGGAAAAAGGAUUUAAUACCUUCCAGUGCAGAAGCAACAUAGAAAAUGCUUUGAAAUUUUUAAAGAGCAGAUCACUCAAGCUCAUAAAUAUUCAUGUUGCUGACAUUAUUGAAGGAAAACCUUCCAUUGUGCUUGGCCUAAUUUGGACAAUAAUAUUUCAUUUUCAUAUUGAAGAACUUGCCAGAACACUUGCUUGUACUUACAAUCAGCCUUCACUUGAUCAUUCAAGUGCUGUUGACUCCUCUUCAAAGGCAAGCAGACAAGCUAAAAAAAGUGCUAAAAUUAAGGAACGGUGGAAGAUCUCUGCUACAAAGGCUCUUUUGUUGUGGGCAAAAGAACAGUGUUCACUGCACGCGUCUAUUGAUGUGACUGAUUUCAAGUCAAGUUGGCGAAGCGGACUGCCUUUUUUAGCCAUCAUCCAAAACUUACGACCAGGUCUAGUUGAUUUGGAGAAGGCAAAAUCUAGAAGCAAUAAAGAAAACCUGAAAGAGGCUUUCAGUAUUGCAGAACUGGAGCUGAAUAUUCCACGGCUUCUUGAACCUGAAGAUGUUGACAUUAUGAAUCCGGAUGAAAAAUCAAUCAUGACUUAUGUGGCUCAGUUUUUGCAAUACUCCAGGAAUUUGCCUGAGUCUGAGGAAGAUAUGCAGGAAAAAGUAAGGGAGGCUGUGAGCUGGUUGGCGGCACAGGAGGAGAAGUUAGCAAAGUUGCUGAUCGACACAGAGAAUGAAACAUAUUACCAGAAAUACAAAGAAAUGAUGUCAUUUAUGGAAGCAUUUAACCAAGAAAAAACACCCUUUCUGCCUGUGUUGUUAUCAAAAAGAAGUGAAGCUGAGCGGAGCGAAAGCCAGCAGCGGAUGAGAGAAGAGUGGGAUAAACUGAUCUCUCAGAUUAAUGAAUGGAAAGCAAAGCUGGACCAGAUGUUGCCCUCCCCUUUGGAUAGCAUUGAGGCCUGGCUUCAGGAGGUAGAACAUCUGCAGGCAGAAGAUUUGCCUGAUUUGCAGGACCCGUUUAAAGCAAUGUUUGUCUUCAGAGAAAUAAUUGUAAUAUUUAAGGGCUUGAUGGAUUGUUUUGAUUCUCACUUGGACACCCUUCAAUCAUUUAAGAAUGAAGAUGAGAAGAAUAUGCCACUAGUCUUGCCUGAAAAGUUAGAGGAAAUGAAAAGAAGAUUUAGUAAUAUUUGUUUCACAAACUCCAACACCUUUCUUGAAUACCACUAUGGACUGUGCUCAGCUAUUGCCAAUGAGGUGAUGUUAAAACUAAAUAUCUGGGAUAUAAAAUAUGGGACAAAGGAGUCUGUGGAAUCACUGCUGGAAAAUUGGAAUAAUUUCAUUGAAGAAAAGAGACUUGAAACGCAACUAGAAACUGCUACUCACAUCUGUGAAGAUUUGAAAAACAAAACCAUACGCGAUCCUGACUUAGCUGGAGAUCCUCAAGAAAUUAGCAAACGUUUUAAGACAGUGGAGUCAAAGAUUUCUAUGUGCAGAGACUAUAUUUCCAAUGUAAAUACUACCCUACAGAAAGUCCUGUGUUCCUGGAGUAAUUAUACAGAAAACAUCCACUUACUAAAGACAUGGCUGGAAGAAAAAAGAAAUGAGCAUCCAAAAGAGAUCCCUGCUGAGAUCCUGGCAAAGUGGAAUUCAGUUCAUGGUUCCUUAAAUGAAGCUGGAAACCAUCUCAUCGAAGUCAGCAAAGAGCAGGUUGGAUCAAAUAUUGCCAAAGAACUGAAGAAACUGAACAGGAGAUGGGCUAAGUUCAUCAAGCGGACACACUUUCUUGAUGAAGAGAGCUCAGAUGCUGCUGAAAAGACCAGGGAGCUUCCUGGGAGCCUGGAGAAAAUUGAAGAGCUCCUUGGAGGUGUGGACAGCUGGGCAGGAGAGAUUGGACGCCUGCUUAGCGAGAUCAGUCAUGAGGAGCCUGUGCAACCUGAGAUGGAGGAACGUUUGCAGAGCUUGGCUGAAAGGGGAGCCUCAUGCCAAGAACAAGUUGUGGCAGCAGAAGAGAUAUUGCAAUCCCUGACACAAAAUGUUUCAAGUCAGGUGUCCCAACAGCAUUCUUACACCACUGGGCUGCAGACACGAAUUAAAGAAGCCAGAGACAAAAUAGAGGCUGUCUUGGGUGACAUGAACAACAUCUUGUCCAAAUCUGAGAAGAGACCCUCAGAGAAGGAGGCUUUGCUCAAUUUUGAAGAAUCCCAGAAAGAACUUGAGGCCUCCAUUUCAAAGGCUGUGCAGCUUGUCAGUGAAAAAUUAAGUCCUGAAGAACGUAUUUCAAGAUAUGAGGAAGCUUUUAAUGCUCUGGGCAAUAAAGUUCUUGACAAAUUUUUGAAGGCAGCUGAACAAUUGAAAAAUAUUUCCUCUGAUCACGAAAAGCUGGUAGUGGAAGAAAAGAGUAAAGAUGUUCGUAAAAGAUGGGAGGCAGUUCACAAUGAAAUUAUAUCCUGUGUCCAGCUCAUAGUAGAAAGGGAAAAAAAGAAAUUUAACGCAACUUUAAAAAAAAUCAAUAAGCAAUUAGGCAAAGAGAAGAAACUCCUAAGUAUGGAUAAAACCAAAGGGCUCAUCAAGGAACAUGAGGCCUUUUUUUCACACGAAGGCAGCCUGAGGGAACUUAGCAAGUCAUUAGAAGACCUUAAAAUAUUGGGAAGACUGUCAGAAGAAACUGUCCCAGGCAUACAGACACUGACUGCAGACUGUGAACAAAAGCUAGAAAAGCUUCAACAAAUUGUGGCAGAUACUUACACGGCCCUGCUGUCUCGUGCUGGAAAAGGACAAUCAUCUAAGAAAGAGAACUCCAUUGUUGCUUCUGAGAAUGGAGAAAAGCCCAGUUCCUCUCAAGAGAUUGAUAUCCUUUCGGUUAAGGAGACCUCAAGACUUGCUGCAGAUGUAGUUUUGGAACCAGAUGUGAAACAUCACAAUGGAGAAAGCUGUGCAAAGAAAUUUGAGGAAGGCAGUGAUUUGUCCAUGUCAGCUUUAUUAGAGAGCUAUAACACACAAAGAAAUAACCUGGAGGAACUUCUACAAAUCAGCAGAGAUAAAGUAGCAUCUGGCUUUACCGAUGAAAUAAAAGGCACUUCAUGCCUUCAGAAUAAGCUGCUUGAAAUACAGGUGAUAGAGAGUGAAACCAGUUCUGGUUGGACACAAUUGGAAAACAUCUCAUCUACCUUAGAAAAUCUUGUGGAUGCAGUGCAGCAGACUGCUAUCUCUGAUAAGACAAGCAAACUGAAAGGAGAAUGGAAAGAGCUUCAGGAUAUUAUAAGUACCAGAACAAACUCUUUAAGGACUGCUUUGGAAAUUGUUUUGCCAAUAGAAAAUGAAUCCAUUCUUCUAUGUGAAUUAGAUCAGCGGCUGAAGAAAAAGGACAUCCAACAGUUUAAUCUGAUGAAUAGUGAUCUUGCUUAUAGGGAACUAAAGGAGCUACAGAGAUCCAUAUUAAAUCAGAUUGAAGUGUGCAAACAAUUGGAACACCUAGAUAGUUCAGCAAGAGAUGAAUUUAAUCCAAUAGACCUGCAAGCUGCAAGUAAAGUUAUGAUUUACUAUCAGAACCAGCUUGAAGAAAUGAGCCAUAAAAUGCAGAUCCGCGAGACAGUCCUUAAAGAUCUGGAAGCUUUUAUGGCCUCAUUGAGGAAGAUUCAGUCUUCCAUCAAAUGUCUCACAGAUGCCUCAGGUCAACCUGAAAUACAAGGAAAAGCAUUGAGAGAGGCUGCACAAGAAGUUUCUCAUAUGGCAGAAGAGGCUAAAUGUUUGGAUGAACACUUGAAAACAGUUGAUAUCUGUUUGGAAGAUGCUGAAUGUGGGAGAAAGACUAGCUGUGAAAACCUUGUUCUGACUUUAUCUGAAGAGCUAAAUGCAAUUUAUGAUCCCUCAAGUGAACAGAUGCCUACAGAGGAAAAAGACUUAUACAAGAUUUUUUCCACAAAAAAUGGUGAACUCCUUAAAAACAUUCAGGAUCUACGUGACAGAAUUAACAAAAUAGGCUUGAAGGAUCCAACAAUUCCAGCUAUUCAACAAAGGGUAAAAUCAUUAAUGGAACUGGAAAAGGAAUUGGAUUGUGCUGCUCUUGAAAUGAAACCUGUGCGAGAAAUUGCUAAUAAGCUGCCACAGAUCAAAGAGGAAAAAGCAGAGGAAACAAAUGAACAGUGCAGAGUCACAGAGAGGUUAUGGGAAGAUACAAAACUCUUGCUUGCUGAAUGCCAGGAGCAGUGUGCAAGGGCUCUGGACCUCCUGAAGCAAUACCAAAGCUGCAAAACCAGUCUGACCAGCAUCAUCCAGAAACAAGAGAUUGUGCUUUCACAGCAAACUUCUUACAUGGGGAAGGAGAAUUUGAACAGACUAAUAGCAAAGAUUGAAGAGGCAAAAGAGGAAUUCAAUGAUCACUCUGAAGAUGUAGACAAAAUAAAUCAGAUCUGCAAAAACCUUCAAUUCCAGCUCAAUAAAAUGAGGAGCUUUGAGGAGCCUCCGUUUGAGAAUGAGGCUAACAUGAUUGUGGACAGAUGGCUGGAUAUCAAUGAAAAGACUGAAAACUACUGUGAUAAUUUGGGAAGAGCUCAGGCUUUGUGGGACAAACUUCUUAAUUUAUCUGGCACAAUCGAUGCUUGGGCAAAUGCAGAACUUAAGAAUGCAGAAGACCGUUGUCUGACUGAAGAGGACCUUAUGCAGUUGAAGGCAUGCUUACAAGUCCAAGAGCAGAAACUCCAGAAAUUUGACAACACUGUGGCUGAGAUAGAAGAACUUCUGAAUAGUAAUGAACCUCCACUGGAGCUACAGGUCAUCAGAUCAUCUGUUGUGCAAAAAAUGGAGCUAAUCAAAGAGCUAUUGUCAACAAAGCGGGGGACCAGUGAACUCGGUGUGAAUACAGCCGAACUAAAAGGAGACCUUGAUCUGGCCAAGACACAGAUUGGAAUGACUGAAUCACUUUUAAAAGCUUUAUCUCCUUCUGACACCUUAGAGAUCUUUACUAAAUUAGAGGAGAUACACCAGAAAAUUCUGCAACAAAAACACCAUGUGACAUUACUCCAAGAAGAGACGGAUUGUCCUGAUGUGGAUGAAUUAAAUAAGCAGCUUAAAUGUGUCACUGAUUUAUUUAAUAAGAAGAAACAUGUGUUUCAAGAUCACUUUAUUGGUGUUUUGAACCGUCAGUGCAAGAAUUUUAAUGAUUGGUUUAGCAGCACUCAGUUGUCUUUGAAGGACUGCUUUGACCCCUCGGAAACAAAAAUGAUACUGGAAGAAAGACUGCAGAGGCUAAAGCUCUUCCUAACAUCUGAAGGCAAAGACCAAGAUAUCCAAGAAGUUAAAACUUUAUUGAAUAAAGUGAAGCAUUACCUGCCCAAAGCAAGUAUUAACCACCUUAACAGCCGUGUGAGAGAUCAAGAAGCAGAGCUACAAAGAUUGAUCUCCAAAUGUCAAAAACGGGAACAGGAACUUGAUGCUUCUCUCCAGCAGCUCAGUAGCCUUGAAGAAAGCAUCACAGUCUUGGAAGAAUGGCUCACUGCUCAGGAAGCAAAACUAGAAGAGAUCAAAAAAGAUGAGACAAAACUUGAAAACUUCUAUAAAACACUACUAAUGCAGAGAAAACCAUUUGACUCCAUGGCUCAGCUAGCAAAUUCCUUGAGGGAGGCUGGGUUGACAGAAGAUGAAAACAUUACAGGAGCCAGUGAUCUUUUCAGUAGAUACCAGACACUGAUAACACAUGUAAGUGAAAUGGCAGGGAAUACUGAGAGAAUUCGAGUGGAAGAGCAAAAUUUUGAAGAACUUGCCCAGGAUGUUUCUUGCUGGAUCAAAAAACUCGAGGAGGCUGCUAAUAACCUGAGUUCACAGGAAAGUGAGUUGCCGUCAGACGAAAGGAUUAGUCAGAUAAAGGAAAUCACAGCUCUCAAAGAUGCAGGAGAGGCCAAAAUACAGAACAUGGUAGCUGUAGGAGAGACUUUAAUGAGAAAUGAGAAAAAUAAGAAGCCAGUGAUUCAGCAGACUAUUUCUGAGCUCCAGAACCAGUGGGAAAGUACCUGUCGGUUAGCCACUGAAUAUACAAGCCCUCAGGAGCAACUUCAGUUCAACAGGGAGCAAUAUGAGCAAAGCAAAGAAGAUCUCAGACUGGCUCUAAUUGAACUGAAGGAACAGCAACAGGAGAUAGGUUUUGCCCUUCAGCCUGGUUUGCAGGAGAAGCAAGCUCAGCUGACAAACUAUGCCAACCUCCUGCAGAAAGCAGAAGACUUAACUUCCCGAUUUAAGGAAUUGAAAAGCCAGGAAGAUCACCUACGGGGUCAUGCUGGAGAUCCCUGCUUCACAGAGGUGGAAUGGCUGGAAUUAAAACACCAACAUGAAAAUCUGCUCAGCCAGCUACAGACCAUAGUUCAGACAUUGGAAAGUCGUGUUCAAGAGCACCAGCAGUUUCAGGAUAUGGUAGCAGGCCUGAGCACUGAGCUGAAAACGGUCUCUGAGAAGCUUGCUGGUUGUGAAGGUGCAGCAAUGGAAAGACCAGCUGAGCAAAACCAGUUGAAAACACAGGAACAACAAGCACCUCUUAGUCGAUGCGAAGACACAUUAAAGAAGAUUUUGUUUUUAGCAGAAACUGUUAAACAAAACACCUCUUCACCAGGACAGAAGUUUAUUAAGGAUGAGAUAGAAACACUUCAGAGUGAACACAGGAGUCUGGAAGAAAGACUUGAAAAUGUCAAGCAAAAGCAGGAAAAUAUUUUCGGUGAAGCCCUUGAGUUAAAAGAUGAGUUUGGUAAUGAAAUACAAAUGGAAGAUAAGGCAGAUACAAUGCUGAAGAGAGAGAUACGGAUCACUUCUGAUACUCCAGUCAUUGCAAAAGUGAGCCCCACAGCAGUGGAGUUCAAGGAGCCUUUGGAAAUGUGUGAUGGUCAGGAUGUAAAUGGAAAUACAUCAGAGAAAGAGAAGCAAAAUGAUCCACUUUUGGAGGAAAGCAGUGUAUUGUCAGACAGCCUACUACAGGGUACCCGUCAAAGCGAAGAUAGAUUGGGGCAGACUGUUCAGGGGGAGGCUGAUAAAGACAGCCCAGGUAUGGACAAACAUGAUAAGGUCCAAGAGGACAUUCUGGACAACAUGGCUCAGGGUGGUGAGGCAGAACUGGAAAGGCAUCAAGAUGGUGUUGGUAUUGAAGGUGAUGAAACGAGAAAGGAAACCCAUCCAGCAGAGAAACCUAAUGAUGUCAAGAAUCAGUCAUAUAGAGAAGAUGUGGAGCAGGUUCAUCAAAGAAUGUGCCAGAAGAGUCAAGUCCUGAAAUCUGGGGAUUCUAAUUCCCCAGUUUCUGCACAUGAGGACGCAGGUGCAGAAGUGGUUGUCCAGAACGAACUAUUUCCUGGAGUGCAAGUAAACAUUGAAUAUUUUGAAGAGGAACAAAAGGUCAAUGAGCUGAAAAAUGAAGUGGCUGAACUGGAUAUCGUGCGCAUAAAUGAACAACUAAAAGAGCUAGAGAAUUUACAAACUGAACUGGAAACGUGGAAAGCAAAAUCUUUGUGUCAUAGUCAAGAAGCAUUUCCCAAUGCAACAGGAUCAAACAGAGCAGAGCUGCAAACCACAGAGCCUGCGGUGCCCUGCUGGGACAGGCUGCUUCAAGAAGUAGAUGCUAUUAAGGCAGUGAAGCAACAACAGUACUGUUUAAUUAAUGAGUACCAGAAAAAUCUUUCUGCUGCACAGUCCUCAAUGAAAAAUUUGUCAACAGAAAAAGAUAACAUAAAAAUGGGUCCUAUGAACAACACAGUUCUUCUGGAGAAAAUUAAGGCAUGCAUAGAGUCCUUACGAAAAGAAAGAGAUGUCUUAAACAAGUUGAAAACUCAGCAAGAAAGUUUAUCUCAGCAUUUAACAUGCAUGGAUAAAGUGUUAACCGAAAGCCAAAUGAGGCAACUGGAGCAAUGGUGGCAACACAUGGAACAAACAGUGCAAAAGAAACACGAUCAAGUUGUGGCAGAAAUCGAUGAAUUUAACCUGCUUAUGAAUAAAGCACAGGAUAUUCAGAGGCUGAUGCAAGAACAGUAUUUACAAGCAGAGUUACAUUCCUCAUCUGAAGGUAAAGCCAAAUACCCUGUACUUUGGACCACAGAGCUACAGGACAUUAAACAUGGUCUUUCUCUAUUAAAAAGAAGGAUUGAGCUGCAGAUGAAAAGAAUUUGGAGUGAUCAAGAGAAGGUAGCUUUGGAGAACUCUAUAUAUGAUUUGCAGAGCAAAUUGGAAGCAUUAUCACCACAACAAAGUGCUCAAGAGGGUGUUCAGAUCACUGGUCCUGCUCUCAUGAAACAUGAAAUGAUGAAAAGGCUGAAAGAAAAUAUUUCAUGGGUUAAAGAUUCACUGUCCUCUCUUGAUCAGAAAGCAGCACUUUUCCCCAGUGAUGUUAAAUCACAGAUCAGAAGUUGUCAGCUGAUGAGCACGGAAGUUCUAAACAGAGAGCCUGAGAUUGUAUCACUGGAUUAUGGGCUCCAGCACAUCGUUCCCACCUUGAAUCCAGAGGAGAUCUCUGAUAUGACCUUCCUUUUACAAACAUUGCAGAAUUCAUACAAGGCUCUUGUUUUAAAAUCAGCUCAAAGAUUACAGCAACUAGAGCUCCAGCUGGAGGAGAGGCAAAGACUUAUUGCAGAAGUAGAAAAAGUUCACUGUCAGCUUCGAAAUGCUGAGAUGCUUGCCAGGCCUGACAUGAACCAAACCAGCACAUGGUCAGAAUUAAUCAAUCAACAAGCCAUUUUACAGGAGAUUUCAAAGGACAUACAGGGAAUAGAAGGGCUUAUCUCAUCCCAUUGUAAAGAGAGUCAGGUCACAGCUGGGGAGCUGAGCCUGUCUGAACAACUGUUUUUGAUUGAUCAAUUAAGAAGUCUGAAGAAUAGAGCAAGAAAGACACAGAGGCAAAUUCAGAGUAAACUUCAUGAAGUAGAAAAAAAGAUAUCUGUCUACAGAGAGUUUGCUGAAGGAAUAACUACAUUGCAGCAAGAUCUUAAUGAUCUACACUAUGGUGAAAUAAACCUGGAAGAAGAUGAAUUAUUAGGUGCCAAGCAGGAAGUGAAGGAUAAAUGCAAAGCACUUAAAGAAAAAGUAUUAGCUUUUCAGUCCAAUUUGUCACAAAUAAUGAAGUACAAAGAAAUCUUUGAACUUGUAGGUCUAAAAUGGGACUCACUGCAGCUAGAUGAAUUGCAAACUAAAUUUUUUAAAAUUAAAAAUAACAUUAAAGGGAAGAUAAUAGGCUUUGAUAAUGUUGUUAGGGAAUGUGAUAAGAUUCAAGCCUUACUAAAUGAAAUCCAGUCUGUGACAUCCACUGUAAGAAAAGAAGCUAACAUCCUGAAUGAUAGCUCUAGUUCUUCUCCUGCUGAGAAUCUUAUAUCUGCGCAGAUUCUGUUUCACACAGUUCAGCAAAUCUUGUCCUUAACUCAGGAGGUAGCAAAUCAAAUAUACAAAAAUGAGGUCUUUGAUACACCACUCAGAGAAUCUAAGAGGGAAGAAAUAAAGAGCAUGGAGAAAGAUGUUGAGGAAUUGAGUCAGUUUCUUCAAAACUUGGUCUCUGGUCUCCAGUGUGCAAACAAGGAAGAUAUCCAGAAUGAAGUAGAACAUAUAUUCCACAUCAUAAAGCAUAUUCAAUUAGAGCUUCAACAGCCACUUCUGAUAGACAUAAAAGUAAUGCAGUAUGACAAAAUGCGAUGGGCAGGAAUUCAGAAUAUGGUGCAAGCAAAGUUUUCUGAUAUUAAAUGUAUUAUGGAAAAAGAGAGGGAAAACCAAGAAGAAAAGUCUCUUGUUGCUGGAAUAGAAGCAAAAUUAGAGACACUGCAAGAUCAUGAAAUACAGCUAAAGACAGACAUUGCUGCCCGUGUUAGUGCUCUGGAGGAGGCAUGUAAGACUGGUGAGCAUUAUACCAAGGCUGUUCAUAGGGCUGCCAGGUUCCUCGAGGACUAUGAAGCUCAAGUCAAGUCUGCUGCAGCAGGGCUUGGUAGCUCAGAGGAGGACUGCCAGACUCCAGAAUGGAAACAAGAAGAGUUCAACUCUGCAAAGGCUAACAUAGAAAACCUGUACUCCAAGCUGAAAAAUCUAGUGAAACCACAAGACAAAAUAUGUCUGGAAAACACUUUAACAGAACUAGUGAAUAAGAGUUUGGCAUUAAGGGAGAAGGCUCAAAGAAAGGAAGCUGAUGAACAGAGGUAUCUUGAAAAAUACAAAAGUUACACAAACACCAAAGAUAAGGUGUGUGAUAAGCUUAACAAACUGGAAAAGAUGCUUAGACAGUCUUUGUCUCAAAUACCAAUGUCUUAUAAAGAAGCUUUGGAGCACUUAGAAGAAAGCAAGAUUUUAGUCUCCAACAUUGACUCAGCUGAAGGUGAUCUUGUGAAGCUGAGGCAGGUCUCUGGAGAGCUGAUGAGAAUAUGCAAGGGAAGUGACAGGGCACUGGGAAGGAUUGUAACAGUGCUGUGGGAAAAUUGGCUGGGUUUGCUUGAGGGUGAAGAACUAAAGCAGGAAUUGAAAUUCAUCAAUGAAGAGCUGGAACGAGAAACAAUAAUUCUCGAUAAGCUCCAGGAAGAACAGCCAGAAAGUCUUAAAGAGAAAGAAAAGGCCACCGGAGAGGAACUGGUAGAAUUACUAGAUUUUGUGAACUCAUUUGAGGAAAACAUCAACCAGCAACAGCUCCUCUUACUCUUACUUCUUCACCGAAUAAGAAACAUCCUGAAUAUAUCUGAAAAUACUGAGGUGGAAGCUGCCCUUCCCGCCUUAUGUGAGAUAAAGGCAAUGCAAGAUCGCUGUAAAAAGUUGUAUGAAAAGACUCAAGACCAUAAGGAUUCUGUACAAGCUGAGAUUCAAGAGAGGAACAAGAUCACUGAAGAAAUAAGUGCUGUGACAAAGGCGUUACAGAAUGCUGCAUCUCUGUUAUUACAAGAUGCUACUGGAAAGGCAGGACAACUGGAGGAGGUUCAGAGUGUGAUUGGUAAAGAAAGUCAAACUCUAAAGGAUAUAAUGGAGAAACUCCGGAUGCAGUAUUCGGAAAUGUAUACAAUAGUUCCUGCAGAGAUCGAAACACAGUUGGAGGACUGCAAGAAAGUAUUGCAAGACCUAGAAGAAAAGGUUAGCUUUGAAAUCUUGCAGAGCUCUCCUCAGUAUGUGCUGAAAAGAAAAGCAGAAACUAUUAACAAUGGCCUUCAAGCUAUUGAAAAGAUGUUACAACACAAGAGUGAAAACAUUGCAAAAGCCAAAGAAGUUCAGAAGCAAAUCUGGGAUAUGCUGGACCUUUGGCAUUACAAACUCAAUGAACUGGAUGCAGAGGUGCAUGAUAUAGUGGAGCAGGAUUCCUGCCACGCACAGGAGUUGAUGGAUAUCUUAGUGACCCCCCUUCAGCAGUACCAACAGGUCUCACAACUUGCCGAGCGCAGAACUGCCAUUUUAAACAAGGCUGCCAACAAGAUGGAAGAAUAUGAUGAACUCUUGAAGAAUGUGAAAGUUUGGAUAGAAAACACCAACUGCUUGCUAAGAGCAGAUGCUCAAAAUGAUUCUGCAAAAAGCUUACGCAAACAUACCGAUGACCUUCAGAUGGCUUUGGAAGACUCGGAGCAAAAGCAGAAUCUUCUACACAGUGUUUACUUGGAGCUGGAGGAGCUAACACCAGUCUUUGAAACGGACAGUGUAAUGCAACAGCUAAAUGAAAUAGAUGAUCAAGUAGCAACUUUACAGCACGAGAUAGCAGAGAUUCUUCCACAGAUCCAGCAGGUGGCUGAUGAAUUGGAUGCCAUUGAAUCUCAUGUGAAAGUGUUUGAGAAGGACAUUGCCAAAAUGAAGACAAUCCUGUCAUCAGAAGAUCUGUUAGAAUUUUCUCCUAAAGACCAACUUAAACAUGGACAGGUUAUACUUGACCACAUUGGUCCCAUGCAGAAGACCAUUGUUCGUAUACAGUCCUAUGAAGAAGCACUUCGGCUACCAGGGGUGAAAAUGCAACCUUUCUCAGUCUUCCAAAGAGCAAGACAACUCUUAAGAGAAAUGAAAAAAUUAGAAAAAAUUACUAAGGAACAAAAUGUCCUACUGGAGGAAGCUGUAAAGAAAACAGAAGAAUGUGAGCAAGAAAUUGAAAAGUUGAAACAAUUCUUAAAGAGCCACUUGGUUGAAAUAUCACAUGAAGAUCAACCACUGGCUCAGAAGACUGACUGUCCAGAGGGAGAAAUGGAAGCUGUAAAAGAAGAAAUCAUAAAGCUGUGCCAAAGAAAGGAAGAUAUCCUUACCGGGAUGAAGAAUUCAAUGUCUGAGCUUCACCAGCGCUUACAGCAAGAAGUGCCUGAAUCAGGAGACGAACCCAUAGCCUCUGUAUUAGCACAAAGUGACUUGAUUGGGACUGAUAUUUCUGGUCAGCAGUUGAAAAAAAGAGGAAUGAUGUCUCUUCUGCCUUCCUUAGAUGAAGAAUCAGAAGACUGUUCUUCCCACAGUAAGGGAAGUACAGCCACAGAGAAAGAUGCAAGCUUUUGGCCUUCAGAAAGAGAUGAUGAAAGGCACAAGGAAGACAGUGCAACCUCCUGGUCUUCUGGUACCUUGACAGAUGGCAUCAUUCAGGAUGCUGAUGAGAUAAUGCAGUCACACAGUAGACAUGGUGAGGAAACUUCUGUGCAAACUUUGCAGAGCACUGAAGACCCUGGCAGAGGUGAUGGCAGUCAGGCUAUGAGUGACACGCUGCCUCCUGAAGCGGUGGAUGGUGGUAGGCCUGAGCCAGAAACGAUCCUCCAGGUGUGCCAGGCCCAGGUUGCCGAGCUGGAACAAUGCCUAGACAAAACUAAAGUGUCCCUGGGGUCAGACCCCCAGACCCCCAAAAUGCAGCAGAUGGUGGAACAGAAGCUGGCCGACUGCGAGGUGAUGUUAUCAGAGAUUGAACAAAAUGUCCUUUCUUUAUGGAAAGAUUGUGGAGGUAGUCCACAGUACCAACAAGAGACAGAGGCGCUUUCCUUGAAGCUGAAGGAAGUGAAGUGCAAUUUGGAAAAAGUCCAGACGAUGCUUCAAGAUAGAUACAAUGAAGAGCAGAUUCACAACAGGGAGAAGAUCGACCCAGAGCCCCUUGAGAUCCUACACUCAAAUGGCUCCAGCAUGCCACAGCUUGCCCUUGCUGAACAGCCGCUCGUUUCGCACAACCGUUUCCAGCACCCACAGGAUCUGAAAGUAAAAGCAGCUGAGCAGAAAAGCCUCAUUGACUUCAUUGAAUCAUGCGUCGAAAAAAUGCAGCCACAGUUUGAGGACAGCGUGACUCAGAAAUUAGAAUCAAGCAAUGGAGAAUCUGAUCCAAAGAGCAAGCAGGCUGAUCCCACCUUUACUCCAAAGGACCAAACGGGUAAUAAAUGGCAAUAUUUACAGGAAGAGCUGUCAUCAAAGAUGAGGUCUCCUCUCUGCCAACUUGUGGAACCUCAGAUUACAACAAAGAUGAACAUGCUGCCCCGAGGCACAUUCGCUAGUGCAGGAACCCCAACUGUGGAAGAAUUGAAAACUUUCACUGUCCAGCUGGGAGACCUAAGCCAAGAAGCAAAUGUGGUGCAUGCACAGGAUAAGGUGGCAGAGGAAGUCUCUUCCAAUUUGGACAGAAAAUUGUUUGAGCUGCUUCUGGCAAUCAGCCGAUGUUUGAAUAACAUGGAGGAGAUGUUAAACACCUCAGUCCUCUCCACCGAAGAGGCAGCUGUGCAGCAAGCUCUUUAUGAGACUCUUUCUGUCGAGCUGCAAAAACUUCAUGCUGAUCUGAGUGAUAGAAAGGACGAUCUUCUGAAGUCUAUUAGCUGCGCUGGUGGGAGCACAGAUGUGUUCUGCGAGUGCUUUAACAACUUGCAGGCACGGCUGGAACAAACUCAAGCUGCCACUGCUUCAAGGAGCAGCUCAGUGAAAGCUGGGCUGGAUCAAAAUAGCAAUUAUCAGAAUGAAACCAGGCUGCUCUAUGAUAAGUUAACUGAGAAGAAAGCUGCUCUGCAACAAUGCUUGAAUGCAAUACGUGGACAUAAUGUUUCCGAACAGCUUCAGAAAACCGAUGCCUGUGCUUUGGAGCUGCAAAACUUUGAAAACCAAGUAGCUACAUUGAGAGGCUACGGGGAAAGAUUUCAGUUACCUAUCACCUUAAUCCAGGAAGCUUAUAAAUUAGAGGAUGUUUUAGAUGACAUGUGGGGGAUUCUGAAAGCAAAGUAUGCAGAGCUGCACUCUCCUUCUAUCAGUGAGAGCCAGUAUGAGGACUUACUUUGUGGAUUUGCAGAGCUGGUAGCUAUUGGACGAGAGAAGAUUGCACAAGAUCCAAAGCAGCUAACGAAAAGCAGAGCAGCUCUACAGUCUCACCUGGAAAACCACAAGGACUUUUUCCACAACCUCAUGACCCGCAUGACUUUCAUGCAAGCAUUUUCCAAGAAAGUGACUCCCUCCAUCCUACAAAAGAGAGAGGAAUUCUGGAGAGAGCUGGUGAAUGAAGUCAAGUUGCUGGAGCAGAAGGCCUGCCAGUAUGGUAUACACCUAGAGAGCCUGUUAAAGGAAUGGGUGGAAUUUGAUGAUGAAUGCCUAGUUUUCAAUAAGGAGUUAGAGGCACUUGCCUCUACGUUGCCUUCUGUGAAUUUGGUGGAAGAAACAGAAGAAAGAUUAAUGGAAAGGAUUGCACUUCUACAGCAAAUCAAAAGCAGUGUUGAUGAAAACCAUGCCAGGCUGUACCAGAUGGUGAAAGAAGGGAAGAAAUUGCUGACUGCUGUGAGCUGUCCAGAAAUAAGAAGCCAGAUUGGGAAGCUGGAAGAUGAGUGGCUGUCUUUAAACAAAAAAGUUGGCCAUGAACUACAUCGACUUCAGACGUUACUCAAACUCUUGGUCAGCUACAACAGAGACUCGGAGGAAUUAAUGAAAUGGCUGGAUUCUGCUCAGCAAAGAAUGAAUUUUUGGAAGGAGCAGUCUCUCAACGCGUCACAGGAUCUUCCCACCAUCAGGGAUAACAUCAACAGCUUGUUUGCAUUCUCUAAGGAAGUUGAUGAAAAAUCUUCCCUGAAAUCAUCUGUGGUGAGCACUGCCAACCAGCUCUUUCAUGUGAAGCAAGCUGAUACUGCGGCACUUAGGUCAUCUUUGGCAAAGUUUGAGCAAAAAUGGGGAGAACUGAUUACACAGCGCCCAGCCAUCCAAGAAAAGCUUCACCAGCUUCAGAUGGAAAAACUUUCAUCGCGGGAAGCUAUUGCUGAACUAAUGACCUGGCUGGACCAUGUGGAGCAACAGCAGGGACACCAGGAGCCAAUAAAUUCACAACGUAGUGCUGCUGAAGUCAGAAGCCUCCUUCAGAAGUGCAAGGAAUAUAUGAUGGAAAUGAACUUUAAGCAGUGGAUGGUAGAUUUUGUGAACCAGUCACUCUUGCAGAUGAGCACUUGUGAUGUGGAAAGCAAGCGGUAUGAAAGGACAGAAUUUGCUGAGUGUCUUGGAGAGAUGAACCUGCGGUGGCACAGGCUGCAGGGGUCUUUGAACAGAAAGAUACAAGACCUGGAACACGUUUUGGAGGGUAUUACGGAAAAUGAGAACAAAGCACAGACUCUACGCAACUGGCUGGAAGCUCAGAGUGGUCGACUGAGAUCUUUACAAACCCCAACAAGUCUGAUCUCUGCACAGAACACAUUAGAUGACUGCAAGGAGCUAGAAAAUCAACUCACAACUAAAUCCAAAACUCUUGAUGAGCUCAAACAGAUUUUGGCUUUGAAUGGUAGUGAAGAACAAACUCCAGAAGCUCUGUCUCUCAGGAUAGCUGAGCUUCAUGAAAUGCUGGACAGCAUUGUAAGCCAGGUUGCAGAGUUAAAGACCUCAAUGCAGUCAAUACUGGAGCAGUGGAGAGUAUACGACGAAGCUUAUGCAGAAGUCACCCUGAUGACAACAAGGUAUUUGUACUGCAUAGACCAGUGCAAACGUUCUGUGGUGUCACAGGAAGCUUUGGAAAACCAAGUCAAAACUCUCCAGUCUCUUCAGGAUGAAUCGGAGAACACUGAAGAAAGUUGGGCCAAGCUCCAGGCUGCUGCCAGUAAUCUGAAGAAUAACUGCUCCCCCUCCUUUGCAGAGAUUAUUGAACAGAAGUGCACGGAGGCACACACUAGGUGGAACUCGGUAAAUGAAGAUGUCACAGAUCAACUGCGGGCGGCACAAGCAACCCUGCAGCUUUGGGAGCGCUUCAAUACUUUAUGCACUGAGGCAGCAGCUAAGUUACAACAGCACAAAGAGCAGUGCACUCAACUCUUGGAUGCUCACUUGCCUGAGGAUAACAUGAUAGAAACCCUGGAGCAGAGGAUACAGGAUAUAAAGAAUUUACAGCUUGACCUUUAUAGCAUAGUAGGAUGCCAUGCCCGGAUUUCUUUGCUGGCUGAUCGGAUAAAACAGCAGGCUGGGACAGCUGCACAAGACAUUCUGUUGGAGAAGUUGCAGCCGCUCGACAGAGUAUUCUAUUUGGACAAGAUGUUGCAGGGGAAGUUAGUUGAAUUUGAGUUCAACCUUUUACAACUGGAGGAUUUCCAGAACUGCCUUGACACACUGGAGAGUCACAUCAAGAAUUGCACGGACGCCUUCGAUAGUCUCUGUCUAGAGGGAGAAACAGACAGCUCAGAAUUGCUCAUGCAUCACACACUGGAGCUUGCUGCACUUUCUCCAAGCAUAGAAAGUUUGAAUGAAGCAAGCAUUAAGCUGCCGCUGAGUGACUUCACCCUGAAGAAAAUGCAGAGCCUGACUCGGCAGUGGAGUCAGAAAACAGCAACUGCUCUGGAACGCUGCAGUGUACUUGAGGGAACUCAAAAUGAUGAAAAGAAAUUCUUUCAGAAAUGUGAAAAAUGGAUGAAAUUCCUAGAAAAAAUGAAAGAGGCCUUAAAAACAAAUAUUCCAGGACGGUUUGAAGAACUGCAGGAGCAACAGAGAGUAUAUGAGAUGCUGCAAACUGAGAUUUCCAUAAAUCAGCAGACAUUUAAUUCUAUCAUAGCAAAAGUUCUACUCUCCUUGGAGUCCGGAGAAGCAGAGAAAAGCCAGUGGCAGCUCUUCAGGAGUUCCCUGCAGAGUCUCAACAGGUUUCUUGCUGAUACAAACAGCUUCAUCACAGUUGUGAAGAGCAAGGACUGCUGUAGCCCUUACCAGCUUAGAAAUCUAAUUCAUGAUGUCAAGAGUAAGGCAGUGAUUCUUCAGAGGUGGCAAGCCAUGUACUCCUUAAUCAUCGAUGUCGGGGAGAAGUUACGCACUGUCUCCGAUCCUGAAACCAGCGAUCUUCUCCAGGAGGAGCUCAGCCAGUUACAGCAGAGUUGGGGGCACACCCAGGUGCUGCUGGACAAGGAGAAGAUGCACCUCAGCAGCACCCUAGAGAGUUGGGACUCCUAUGAAAAACAAACGAAGGAAUUGGAAAGCAGGCUGCGAGAGCUGAAGGAGAAAGUAAAAGAUCCACUUCCAGUUGAACAUGAAGAGCUCUACAAAGUCAAGGAACACAUUAAGGAGCUGGAGCAGUCGCUGGCAGACUGGGCCCGGGACAUGAAGGAUGCGCGGGACAUGAAGGCGUGGCUGGCUUACGGCAUCCUCGCCGAGGACAUGAUGGUGGUCGAGGAGAGAGCUGAACAUCUGCACAGGCAGUGGGAAGAGCUCUGCUUGCGAGUGUCUCAGCGUAAGCAGGAGAUCGAGGACAGGCUCAAUGCCUGGAUUGUGUUCAAUGAGAAGAAUAAGGAGCUGUGCUCCUGGCUGGUACAAAUGGAAAGCAAAGUGUUUCAGACUGCGGAUGUUAGCAUUGAAGACAUGAUAGACAAAUUGCAGAAGGAUUACAUGGAAGAAAUAAACCUGUUCAGUGAAAAUAAGCUUCACUUGAAACAAAUGGGCGAUCAGCUAAUCAAGGCUAGCAACAGGAGCCGAGUUGCAGAAAUAGAUGAUAAACUCAACAAAAUCAAUGAUCGCUGGCAGCAUCUCUUUGAUGUCAUUGGAGCACGGGUGAAGAAACUGAAGGAAACACUUGCUUUUAUACAACUAUUGGACAAAAACAUGAGUAACCUUCGCACCUGGUUGGCCCAGAUUGAGUCUGAGCUUUCCAAACCUGUUGUUUAUGACGUCUGUGAUGACCAAGAAAUCCAGAAGAGACUGGCAGAACAGCAGGAUCUCCAACGAGACAUAGAGCAACACACUGCAGGGGUGGAAUCAGUGUUUAAUAUUUGUGAAGUCUUGCUACACGAUUCGGACGCGUGUGCUAAUGAGACAGAGUGUGACUCCAUCCAGCAGACUACCAGGAGUUUGGACAGACAGUGGAGAAACAUUUGUGCCAUGUCUAUGGAGAGGCGAAUGAAAAUCGAGGAAACCUGGCGCCUAUGGCAGAGGUUUUUGGAUGACUAUUCAAGCUUUGAAGAUUGGCUAAAAUCGUCUGAAUGGAUAGCAGCUAAGCCUUUUUCUUCAGAGGUUUUGUACACACAUGCAAAGGAGGAGCUGAAGAAAUUUGAGGCGUUCCAACUGCAUGUUCAUGAACGACUCACUCAGUUGGAGCUGAUCAAUAAGCAGUACAGGCGCCUUGCCCGUGAGAACCGCACCGACGCAGCCAGCAAGUUGAAGCAGAUGGUACAUGAAGGCAACCAGCGCUGGGAUAAUCUCCAGAAACGAGUUGCUGCCAUUCUGAGGAGACUCAAGCACUUCACCAAUCGGAGAGAUGAGUUUGAGGGGACGAGGGAGAGCAUCCUUGUCUGGCUCACAGAAAUGGACCUCCAGCUGACAAAUGUGGAGCACUUCUCAAAAAGUAACUUUGAUGACAAAAUGCGCCAGUUAAAUGGUUUCCAGCAGGAAAUAACACUAAACACCAAUAAGAUUGAUCAGCUAAUCGUUUUUGGGGAGCAGUUGAUUCAGAAGAGUGAGCCUUUGGAUGCUACUGUGAUUGAAGGCGAAUUGCAAGAACUUCAUCGAUACUGUCAGGAAGUGUUUGGGCGAGUUGCCCGGUUCCAUCAAAGACUGACUUCAAGGCAUCCUGGAUCGGAUGAUGAAGAUGAGACCUCUGAAAGUGAGACAGAUCCAGAAGACUCCAGAGAAAUCCAGAAUGAUCCCUGGCAUAAGAAGGCCAUCAGUGAGGGGCCCUCUUCGCCACAGUCUCUUUGUCACCUUAUGCCCCCUACUCAAGGUCAAGAAAGAUCAGGCUGUGAAACCCCUAUCAGCGUUGACUCUAUCCCACUCGAGUGGGAUCACACAGGUGAUGUGGGAGGUUCGUCCUCUCACGAAGACGAAGAAGAAGCAACAUACUACAGUGCUCUGUCAGAUGUAGAAAUCACUGAAAAUCCUGAGGCAUAUCUUAAAAUGACCACAAAAACUUUGAAAGCAUCUUCUGGAAAGUCUGUUUCAGAAGCUCGUCCUUGGCAUUCUCCAGAUAGCCCAGUCUGCAGGAAACACCGAUACAACCAGGCAGAGGUGGUUGGAAAUGUGUUGUCUGGUCCAGAGACAAGUACCCCCUAUAAACCAGACUAUGUGAAGCAGCUCAGCUCUGCAAGCAGCAGCAGCAUCAACAAGGAUACAAUUACAUCUGCUAACAUAAGUGAUGAAGAACCCCAAGGUGACCAAGAGCUUGUGAAUAUAGCAGCUGCAGAGGAGCAGUCAGGCAUUAUUGAUAGGUGGGAGCUCAUCCAAGCUCAAGAUAUCAGAAAUAAACCUAGGACGAAACAGAAAUUGCAGCCAUGGCAGCAGCUGAACUCGGAUCUCAGCGACAUCUCUGCUUGGCUUGAUAAAACUGAGGAAGAGCUGGAAGAGCUGCGAAAAGUGAAACCAACCGGCAUGCAGGCAUUGGAACAAAGGGUCAAGAAACUGAAACAACUGGAGAAAGAGCUGCUGGAACAACAGCCUAAAGUAAACUCACUUCAAGAGCUCACUGCUUACCUGCUGCAUAAAUCAGAUGGUGAUUACAUUGAAGCUGAUGAGAAGGUCCAUGGAAUUGGAUGCAAACUGAAACAGCUUAAUAAACAAGUUUCACAUGACCUAAAAACAAUACAAGGAAAUUUGGGUGCCAGAGCAUGCCUGCUACUUCCAGAUGACUUGGACUCAGAAGUCUAUGAUCCAGUCACAAUGAAAUCCAGCCCUGCUGUGAAGAAGAUCGCCACAAGGAGAACUGCAGAUGGCAGAAACAGCAGCAGCACAAGAGGUGAAAGCCACCCACAACCUCUUCAGGCAAUUCCUCGAUCUCCCUCUUUCUUUUACCGUGUAUUGAGAGCAGCUUUACCUCUUCAGUUGUCCUUUCUACUGCUUUUACUUCUGGCUUGCAUGGUUCCAUUUUCUGAGGAAGACUACAGCUGCACCCGGAGAAACAACUUCGCCCGUUCUUUCCAUCCCAUGCUGCGAUACAUCAAUGGGCCUCCACCGACUUAG